GCUAUACAGAAGACAUUCUUAUUGAUACUACCCAUGGACAACACCUUCUUCUAAUUAGCCUCUCCAGAAGAGGGAUUUCAUCAUCAGGGUUCCAGCUGUGUGUGUGUGUGUAUAUAUAUAUCUGCUCUCUCACACACACCAGUGCACAUCUAAGCUAAGUGUACUGGAAUACCCAGAGCACAGCCUGGCUGGGGAGCAGCUCCAGAACCCAUGUCUGCCAUGAAGAUAACAGGCGCCUUCGUGCUUCUCACCCUGGCAGUUCUUUGCCUAGCAAAUGCUGACAAAGAGAAUGAGGUAGACUGCAGUGAAUACAGGAGGUUAGAGAGAGGAAGACCUAUUUACUGUGAAAGACUCUACCAACCCUUUUGUGGCUCUGAUGGGAAGACGUACAACAACAAAUGCUCCUUCUGCAAGGCAGUCCUGAGAAGCAGAGGCACCUUAUUUAUGAAGCAAGCAGGGGCAUGCUGAAUUCUGCAUGACAGAGAAGAGCACUGAAAACAGCUUCACACUGCCUUUAUCACAAGAUCUUAAUUUAAUUUCAUUCAUCCUGCCUGUUCUGAUGAUGGGGAACAAAGCACAAAGCAGGCUCUUCAGCAGAGCUCUUGUCAUUUGCUGCUUCUCUCCACAUCAGUGUUGGGAUUGAACCGC